AUGUUGGAAAGCCUCUGCAUCGAUUUAAUCAACGAGCUAUUCUUAACAAAAUAUAAUUUUCUCCUGGCGAUGAAAUUGAACAGUAUGCUGUGUGCAAAAUGCCAUUGUUACGCAAAGAAGGAAGUAGAGAAGGAUGUCCACGAGGGGGAGUCCCCAUCACCUGCAGGAAGUUCUACUCCGGUGCUUCAUGUGCAGGAGAAAUACAACUACGCCAAUUUUUGCGAUUUAAAAAGGAAAGAAAUGAGGAAAAAAAAAAUAAAAAAAAUAAAUUUCAAAAUGUUAAGAAAAUAUGUAGGGGAUUUAAAGGAGCGCCGUGGAGUGGAUUGUUUGGAAGGAGAAAAGGACCAGCCUCCCCCACUCGAAAAAUCACGAAACAAACAGAAAAUUGACGACCGCGUGAGGAUGCUAAAUGAUGAAUUGAGCGAGUACAUCUGCAAAGACUUUUACACAUUUGUGCCGCUAUACAAUUUUGAGGAAGAACCUCUACUCUCCAACAAAAACAGGACAAAUCUUCUUAUCAGUAAAGAAAAAAUGAAAAACAUUUCAAAAAACAGAAAAAAAAUAAAAGGUACACUACGAGGGGGAUACACCAAAGGACCUGUUCUUCUUUCGUCCAAAAAAUUAAAUACACAUUAUGUGAAUUUUCUAGCCAAAUUUCGAAUGCUCAUUAAACGGGUCAAGCAACGAAACAAUGGAGGAGAUACAAUUCAGGGGGAUGAUCCCAAGUAUACCAUUUUAAAAACACUUUUAUAUUUAAAAGGGGGCUCUGUCAGUAGCACAACCAGUUGUGUGUCUAGCAGGGAUGGCCGCGGGAGGGAACUGGCAAGAGGGACCACACACAGAAAGGAUCCUUCCAGGGAUUUACUACUCUUGGAGGGGCGAAGCGAAGGAGAUCACUACGAACUGUACAAAGCCAUUUCCACAAUUCGCUUUUUGAGGGAAAGCCUGCAUAUCCUCCGGAUGGACGUCAUAUACAUUUUUGUCUUUUUCGCGUCCUACGUGAAUGGCAUCUUGGCGAGGUUGCAAGGGGGGAGAAGUGGUGCGGAGGUGAAGUGGUGA